CAAGGAGAAGGGGACCGACACCUUCCAUUUUUUUCUGCCACUUUGGAACUUUUUUGUGGACUUUACGUCGUGGAAAAUCGACUUCACUGAAUACCUACAUAAAAAAAGCCCUGCGUGUUAAUUAAGCAUGCCGAGAGCCUUUCUGGUAAAAAAGUCGAAUGUUUCGCCGGGAAAGCGGAACUGGAGCGAGCUGCCUGAUCAUGAGCGAGGGGACGUCUACAUCCCAGUCUCCAUCUUCCCUCCGACCGCCCUGAUGAUGGAGGCCGAAGCCAGCCUUGCCGAGACGACGCCGCUCUGCCUCUCCAAGCGCUCCGUCUCCGACGCGCAGACACACGCCGAGCUGCCGUCCAGCACGAUGCUGGGCCGACCGCAGAGCCCGCCGCCUUCGCCGGAGCAGAGGUCCGAUGUCAGGAGGAGUUCGCAGGGCAGCUCUACAUACGUCCGCUCCAAAAUCAAGGUGACUACAGGCGAGUUACCGCCCGACCCAGCUCUUCUUCCUCUCUCUCUUCCUCCCAUUCCCGCCCCACCAGCUCCAACUCCGACUCCAACUCCAACUCCAACUCCAACUCCGAACGCCACUGUGAUGCCAGUUGCCUUGACGACAAGCCCCGACCCCAGGGAAGUGGUCUCCAUGGUGACCAGAUCAGCAGGUCAUACUCAGAGAUCACAAUCGGGGGCAACGGCGGCGUUUGUGUGCCAGGUUUGCCAGAAGACCUUCCAGUACCAGCGCAUGUUAAACAGACAUCUCAAGUGUCACAACGACACCAAGAGGCACCCGUGCAGCUUCUGUGGCAAAGGCUUCAACGACACCUUUGACCUGAAGAGACACGUACGCACACAUACAGGAGUCCGUCCCUACAAGUGCACGCUCUGCGAAAAGGCCUUCACCCAGCGCUGCUCCCUGGAGUCCCACAUGAAGAAGAUCCACAGCGUCACGCAGAAGUACGCCUACAAGGAGCGGCGCAACAAGCUGUACGUCUGCGAGGAGUGCGGCCUCACGUCGGGAUCUCAGGAGGAGCUGGUGAUCCACCUCCACUCGCUUCACCCCGACAGCGCGCUGCUGAAGGGGAAGGCCGCGAGGAGAGCCGGCGGAGGAUCGUCCCCAGGCUCCGCCCACGGAGCUGACAGUGAUGAUACCACUGGAUCGGCGGGGCAGUAGAGAGGGGGGGAGGGGAACCCGGAAGCUCAUCAAAUGACAAACUCUGUACAUUUGGACAUAUAAGUGAAGUGAUGCAAGGACAGGUGGAUGCCAAUUUAAAUAUCAGUGGGGAAAGUACAGUAAAUGUCUGUAUAUGUGUGUGUAAAUGUAUGUGUGUAUGGAUUUGGGUAUCUGUAGAUAUCACACCUUAAACCUUAAAUUAAAUAAUGCAAGGCCAAGCCUCUCUUUACAUGUAUAUUUUGCUCAUUAACGGCUCAUGACAAUACCGACAUGUUUUUCUUCAUCUGUAUUGCGUGUGAAUAUUUCCUAUGGGUGUGUCUCUGUACAGCAA